AUGAGGCCUACAAUACACGGCCGAUUACCUCGCCGCCGCGCCGCCGGGCUCAACCCAGCCGACUACAAGGUCGCCGAGGCGGGCAUGCUCGCGCGCCUGCUCGCCCCGUUCCCCAAGACGCCCGGCAUGGACCUCUGUGCCCGCGUCGUCGCCGUGCAGCAGCAUCCGUCUCCUCAGGGAGACGAGGCCGCCGCCGACGUCAAGCCGGGCGACGCCGUCCUCGGCCGUCUCGAUCCCACCAAGCGCGCCGGCUCGCUCGCCGAGUACGCCCUCCUCAAGCCCGACGAGUACGCCAAGCUGCCCGAGCAAACAACGGCCGCCGCCGCCGGUACCAUGGAUUCGGACACGCCGCUGCUGCGCGCCGCGUCGGCCUCGUUCCUCAAGCCCGCCGCGCCCUACGUCUUCGUCGGCGGCGAGGUCUCGCUCGCCAGCACCGCAAACAUGGCCAACGCCCUGCUGCGCCCGGCCUUCCUCGGCGGCGGCAGGAACAGGGUCGUGCCGUACCUGACGCGCAACAGCCACGAGGACCUGGCCCAGACUGCCGCCUGGAUCGCCGACGGCAAGCUCAGGACCGUGGUGGACUCCGAGUACAGGUUCGAGGACGCGCCCAAGGCGUAUGAGCGCGUCAAGAGGGGGCCGAGCGCCGGCAAGGUCAUAGUCGUGGUUCAUGAAGCUUAG